CGCAAUUCAGCCAUUGACAUUUUGUGCAAGUGUGCUGUAUGAAGCCAUUGAGUUUGAAUUUCUUUAAACCAGUCAAAUAGUGCUGGCUCCUUCUCAUUAUAAGAAUACCCUGCAGUUAACAGAGUAGGAAAAAAAAUCUUAGAGGAGAGAGAGUAUAACUUUUAUAGAACCUACUAUGAGAAAAUCAGUCACCGGAGGUAAAGUCAAAGAAGAAAAUAAAGCAGAAACAAGUUCUGAAGAUAAAGGAUGUAAAGAAGAUGUUCUUCAGGGACCUAUUUUAACUAAGAUUGAGAUAACAUCAGCUGAAACUGACUCAAUGGCAUCUUCUUCUGCCAAAAAGGAUCAGGAUGAUCAUCAACUUGAAUUGGCAAAAGCCGAGAUCGGUGAAGUGAUUGGAGAAAAUCAAAGGCUAAGGAUGUGUUUAGAUCGAAUUCUAAAGGAUUAUCGGAACCUUCAAAUGCAAUACCAAGAUGUUGUUCGACAAGAUGCUGCUAAAAAAUCAACAAGUUCAGUUCAAGAUACAGAAGAAGAAUCUGCAGAACUUAUCUCCCUCAGCCUGGGAAUGAGUUCAAGUGACCACUUUGCAAAAAGAGAUGGGUUCUCUAAAAUGUCAAAAAAAGAAAAAGUGGGUGAAAAAUUAGAGAAACAAGGAAUCUUGGAUCUGGGAAUGGACUGCAAACUUGAAGUACCACCAGUCGAACCUUCUCCGGUUGUUAGCCCAGGGACUAGCGUAGAAGGAAUCAAGGAAGAAACUGCAGGUGAGAAUUUUCCACCCCAUAGCAUGCAGAAGAGUAUUGUUAGAAAUGGUGAUGAUGAACUCUCACAGCAGAACCCCGCUAAAAGAGCUAGGGUAUCAGUUCGAGUCAGAUGUGACACCCCAACAAUGAAUGAUGGAUGUCAAUGGAGGAAAUAUGGGCAGAAGAUUGCAAAAGGAAACCCUUGCCCUCGAGCAUAUUAUCGUUGCACUGUUGCACCGUCCUGCCCAGUUAGAAAGCAGGUGCAAAGAUGUGCAGAUGACAUGUCCCUCUUGGUCACUACAUAUGAAGGAACACAUAAUCAUCCACUUUCUGUCUCCGCCACUGCCAUGGCUUCCACCACUUCUGCAGCUGCCUCCAUGCUAAUGUCCGACUCAUCAACCUCGGGAUCAUCAGGUGCAACAUCAUCGUCUCCUCUUACCACAAACUGUGUGAAUCUCAAUGGACACAAUUUCCAUCUCUCUGAUAACUCGAGAUCAAAGCCAUUUUACCCACCAAAUUCAUCGCAUUCAUCCUCCACUUCCUAUCCAACUCUCACUCUUGAUCUCACUUCAAACACAGCCUCAGCUCGACUAGGCAACUUUCCUCCAAGGUAUUCUACCACAAAUCUCAACUUCAGUUCUUUGGAAUCAAAUGCUUUACCAAUCUCUUGGAGUAAUGGGUUUCUUAGUUAUGGAAAUCCACCAUACAACAAAAACCAAACUGGUCCAUUGAGCUUUGGAUCACAUCCUCAAGAAAUCCUAUACCAAUCUUACUUGCAAAAGAAUCUAAAUCCUACACAACAGUCUCUUCCACCAGAUACUAUUGCAGCUGCCACAAAAGCAAUUACUUCAGACCCAAGUUUCCAAUCUGCAUUAGCAGCUGCUCUUACAUCAAUCAUUGGCUCUGGUGGUGCUACUUCCAGUACUGCAGGAAAUCAAACUGUAGGUGAUAAGUCCAGCCAAAAUAUAAAGUCCAGUACAGAACCUAAUUUUCCUAUUCUUUCCAGCUUUCCAUCAACUUCAAAUGCCAACAAAUGUGCUCCAAGUUUUAUGAACAAAUCCCCACCCUCGUCUAGUUCUUAACCAGCUGGCUUGACGUUUCUUUCGAAUUCAUUCCCCUUUUCCACCUCGAAGAGCAAAUCUAACUCUCCAGGUGACAAAUAGGAUUCAUCACAUCAUAUUAGUACAUUGCUUUUUGCAUGCUUAACCAUUAAUUUUUAAUUUAAUCCACAAAGAUAGAGGCUGGUGGAACUCUUAGCACGGCGCAAUUUUCGCAUGGAUUUUUUCUUGUUCUAAAUUCAUCUGGCAAAGGGAUGAUGUGAGAUGAAGAAAAAUUGUGCACACAGACACUGACUGGUGGUAAAGAAACUUGAAUAAAUGCCAGUAUUUUAUCUUUAUGUGGCCAACUUUUGUUAACAACUGUGGAUAGUUUUAUGUAAUUUGUUGACUUUAUGAAUUAUGUCGUUUGUUUUCUGUUUACUUGUAAUUAGGAAUAUGAUAAUGAUUUCUCUAUUGUCAACUAAUAAAAACAACCAAGAUUUAUUGUAAAAGAAUUUUUAAUAUACUCUUA